GACAACCCGGUUGAUUAUUCAGUGACGUGCAUCGGUUUCAGCUAGCAAUUAUCUUUCCACCGUGAUUGCAAAAUACAUAAUUAUAAAAAGGGAAUAUUAGUAACGAACAUCAAAUGAAUCGAUAUCUCGAUUUUCUUUGGGUUUGAAAAGUUAAUAAUAUAAGUGUCAUGGAGGACGUUCUGGAUGAGGUUGUAUCUUCAGAAGACUUAAAAAAAUUCGAGAGAAUAUACAACGAGCAGCUGAGAACAUCGUCGGUGACUCAAAAAGUUCAAUUCGAAUAUGCCUGGUGUUUAGUGAGGAGCAAGUACCCAGCAGAUAUUAGAAAAGGAAACGUUCUACUUGAAGAUUUAUUCAAUAAUCACGGAGACAGUGAAAAAAGAGAUUGCCUGUAUUAUUUAGCCAUUGGAAAUGCACGAAUCAAAGAGUAUACAAAGGCUUUACAUUACGUCAGGGCAUUCUUACAAGUGGAACCCGGGAAUCAACAGGUCCAGCACUUGGAGACCCUGAUUAAAAAGAAAAUGGAAAAAGAGGGACUAGUCGGUAUGGCGGUAGCUGGUGGAGUGAUCGUGGGUCUCGCUGGCAUCCUGGGUCUAGGGAUUGCAAUGGCCAAAAGCUCCAAGUCUUAGCUGGUCAAUGCUGCACCCUGCUUGUACCUGUACCAAAAAUUGUAACAAAGAAUUCAUUAUCCUCAAAAAAUCAUCGAAAGUCUCCGAAAAUUGUCUGCAAACCUGUGGAAUUCUUUGAAUAAUAAAAUAUCUUCAAAUAAGUUACGAGCAACACGCGAUGAGUCCAAAAUUCAUCCAUCUAAUUUUGCUAAUAUCUCAGGAACUGUCAUGCACCCAAAACUCAUGAAUUAUUCUUAAUUAUUGCACACUUGAUGAGAAAGUAUUCAUUCAAUUUGGAAUUGAAAAAAAAAACAAAAAUUUCGUUAAGUAUUCAUUUAUUUGGGUAAUUGCUGGGUCUGGGGGAAUUACAUAAACUAUUUAAAGGAAUUAAAUUUUCAAAUAAAUUAAUAAAUAUCUAGAUAUUAUCUGCCGAACCUCAUCACUUGGAUUAUUUUUAAAAAAUACGGAUAUUAUGGACUCAUCUUUCAUCAUUUAAAUCUGAAACUGUAAAAUUUAGUUUAGAAUUGAAUUUAAAUUGUUGGAGACAUUCCAAACGCCACAAAAAAAAUUAAAACAACUUUGUCUUCUUUCUUUCCGACUUACAGCUCUGUUAAGUUCUUCGUAUAAUUUUGAAAUUACGAAAAAAGUAAUAUAAAGGCAAUUAACUAACUAGGUGGAAUUUUUGUAUAAAAAACGGAACGAAUUCCCAAUUUCCUUCAGUACUAUUCUUUUCAUGAUUACGAGUGAGAGAAUGAGUUAAUUUUCGAUUGAAUAUUCCGGAAAUAUCAGUAAAUAUUUCCAUAAACUGUUUCCUCACUUCGUUUUUGAGAUUGAAACUCUUAAUUUCAUGUGUUUUAAUUUGUUCCUAUGAUUUUUGUAAUUCAAUGAGAAUAAAAAAGUUUUCAAUUCCAGUGAA